AUGGCCCAGCCUCUGCCCCUCAUCCCACACACCAGAAAGGGGAAGUCUCUGAGAGAAGGAAGUCUGCCCCAUGCAGUUGCUUCAGCUGCAGCAGUCACGUUUUCUCUGCUGCUGGUAGCUCAAGUCGCUGAACAUUGUGCUGUCUGCCAGGGCAGCACUGGGCCUAUGGAGGAACCUGUGAAGGAUGGAAUCCUCUAUGUGCACCACAGCAAAUUUGGAAAGAGGUCCUGGAGGAAGAUGCGAGCCCAGCUUUUCGCUGCCAGCUCCUACGGUGUGGCCCGCAUGGAGAAGUUCGAUGUGCGGGACGACGGCACUGCGCUGGAGAAGACCUCCCAGCGCCGCUGUGCCCGCCGGGUCAUUCGCCUCUCAGACUGUGUUUCUGUGGGCCCAGCAGACGCUGAGAGCUGCCCCAAAGCCACUGCUGCCUUCUACCUCAACACCACAGAGAAGAGCUAUUUGCUGGCAGCAGAAGAGAGGGAUGAGUGGAUCACUCAGCUCUGUCAGCUGGCUUUCCAGGGCACAAAGGAGUCAGUGCAAAGCAGUGCAAAGAGCCAGCCCAGCCCUGUUGUCCCUAUGGAGGAGAACUCCCUCUACACCUCCUGGCAGGAGCUGACUGAAUUCCCAGUGCUGGUUGUCCAGACGGAUGCAGCUACCCACUGUGGCCUGCAAGGGCAUUACCUGCUCUCAGCCCUUCCACAGAGCCUGACGUUGAAGGAUCCUCAGUCCCGACAGCCCCUACUCACCUGGCCCUACCCCUUCCUCCGCAAGUUUGGCCAGGACCAGAGUGUCUUCUCCUUUGAGGCUGGUCGUCGCAGUGAGUCUGGCGAGGGCACCUUCACCUUCAGUACCCCAUGGGCGCUGGAGCUGUGCCGGGCUGUGGCUGUUGCCAUUGCCUGCCAGCGGCAGGGCAAGGACGAUGCAGACUCCCAGCUCUUCUGUGCCUCGGAAUCCCAGCUCUCAGUACAAGGCCUCUCACACCAGCCAUGGGGCCCCAGGGCCGAGGAGCUCAAGCCUAACCUGUCCCUGGGGGGGACACAACCUCCCUCCCACCUUCCCACCAGCCUCCUUCACUGCCCUGAGGCAGAGGGUACAGGCCCUAUUGUCUACGCUUCCAUUGCCCGGGGCCAGCAGGCUCUCUUUACACCAGGGCAGCCAGCCUGUAGUGAGCCCUGGGCUGUGGGGAAAGCCCCUGAGCAUCUCUAUGAGAACAUCUUCACUUCGGAGCUGGGCCCAGCCCGGGCACAGGAGGAGGAAGCAGAGGAGGAAAGGCAGUGGGAGCUGGAGUGCCGGCAGGCUCCCGAGGGCCAUAGCAGUGAGGUGGGCCCUAUCUACGACAACCAGGUCGCCUUAGCCCAGCUGCCACGGGGUAGCCCCCAGCCCCUGGAACAGUGCUGGGGCCGUGGGGAGCAGGAGGUGCACCCGGGGCGUCCUGGGCCCAAACCCCAGAGUAACCUCCGGGCCAAAAUUGUGCGACUGCUCAGUCGGGAGACCCCUGGCCCCCGGGACUGGCCCUGAACCGGCUCCCAUGCGCUUCGGUGGUACGGUGCGGAGAAUAAACAGCCUGGAACGGA